CGAAGACUGAACACAUCGUCCUCUGUUUGGGCGCGAUUAUCGAGAAAACUGUCAGUUUGAUCUACAGCCGACGUUGUCAAACCAACCGUCCACCUCGUGAUCUCUUAUUUGACGUGGAAUUCGAGUCGGUCAAAGGCGGAAUAACCAUGAAACGUUGCGUCUAAAAAUAGUUGAUGUCAUCAUAACAUGGCGAUGGAUGAAUUUCAUCCUUUCAUCGAAGCCCUUCUCCCACAUGUCAAAGCAUUCGCAUACAUAUGGUUCAAUCUGCAAGCCAGAAAACGAAAAUACUUAAAGAAACAUGACAAACGUAUGUCACCCGAGGAAGAGCGUCAGACCAAAGACGAACUGUUAAAUGAAAAACCAGAGGUGAAACAGAAAUGGGCUUCGCGGUUGCUAGCCAAACUGCGGAAGGACAUACGUCCAGAAUUUCGUGAGGACUUCGUAUUGAGUAUUACAGGCAAAAAGCCACCGAUGUGUGUUAUGAGCAAUCCUGACCAAAAAGGGAAAAUAAGGCGAAUAGACUGUCUUCGGCAAGCUGAUAAAGUUUGGAGGUUAGACUUAGUAAUGGUGGUGCUAUUUAAAGCAAUACCGCUCGAGAGUACAGACGGGGAGAGACUUGUCAAGUCGCAUUCGUGUCAUAACGCACUUUUAUGCGUGCAGCCAGAUCAUAUAAGUGUCUCUGUACGAGAACUCGAUUUAUUUCUGGCAAGUUAUAUCAUACAGGCACCUGGCACAGGUCACUGGGUCACUCUGACUACUAUAUUUGGAUCAUUCUAUUCACUAUAUUUAGAUGUAGGCAAGGUUCCAAAAUUAUUGUACAAAGAAAACAAUGUAGGCGCAAGGAAGUGGGGAAGAGUGCCAAGAUUGAUGAAUGGUCACUGUGGAGGUGAGAACUUCAGCUCCAGUGGUGUAUUUACAGCUCAAGAAUUAACAAGAAUUACGAAAAGAGCUAGUCCUGCCAUGCCGUCUCCUAAUGUUGCACAUGUCACUAAAGUGAAGACUGAAAAAGCCAGUAGUUUUACCCAGACAUCAGCUCAUCCAGCACAUAGUCCACACACAACCGCAGCUCCACAACCCAUGUCUACACUUGAUGCCCAGCAGCGAGUACAAAGUAACCGGAUACCAGCGACAACAUAUAGUGAUUUCCAGCCGACAGGCUAUUACCAGCAGUAUCGUUUACAGCCCGUGCCACCGUCGCAUACAGAUACUCCAUUGUCGGACUUUGUACAACUGGUAUGUCAAGAUGCUGCAAAUCAACAAGCCUCCCAAAAUCAGCUGACUAAAUCUACUAAUGAUGUGCCCACAACAAGUAGCACUGCAGCUCAAUUGUCUGGAUUCAUACCUGUAUCUGUACCGUCUUCACUUCGUAGUCUGCCAAUCGAUCUGCUCUAUCAUAAUCAAGCUAAAGGGACUCAUUCUCCCAGUCCAACAAAAAUUACAGGUUUCAUCCCUGCGACAAUGUUACCACCACCCCCUCCUCCACCAGUAGCUCGACCCGUUGCUAUUGUAUCUGGCGGUAUAACACAGGCAUGUAAUACGAUGUCAACUGCAUCUUCAAGUGGAAGUCUCAAUUUAGUAACAGCUGGUCCAUGUGUUACUACAUUCAAUACUACAAAUACAGUGGCAGGUAAUAGUGGUGUGAACAGUACUUCAUCAUGCCAAUCCACUCCAUCCCCGGGUAGUAGAACUAUUAUGACCAGUCCAUUUACCGUAUUAGGAAGGUCAGAAAAUGGAUUUGUACAUGCACAGCAACAGCUGUUGAAUUAUCCUAAUAUAAGUCCUGUGAAUAUGCAAGCAAUAAGUCCAACUACAAUAGGAUUAUUGGCAUCACCAGUGGUAACACCAAGAACAACACCACGAUCUACUCCAAUACCACGAUGGACAACUCCACUGAUUUCAUUGGAUGAAAGCAGUGAUUACGCACUGUUAACUGAAAACAACGCAUGGCAGUUCUGUACAAAUGAUCUUAAAGGUGAUUGGCAGGCAUUUUUGACAGCAAAUUCAGAAAUGGGUUGGCUGUCUAGCAGCCACUACAAUUGGUUACAGCAGACUCAAACCAGAUUGUAUGGGGAGUUAGCAAACUCUCCAGAAAAGUCUUUAUGA